GCUAUUCAGUCAAUUUCCCCCGCUUCAGCUUGUCUGCCAAAAAGUCAGAAAGUCAUGCGGGGAAGCUAUCUACUAUCUCGACGAUCCUCGUACCCUCCUCAUGCUAGCUAAUCAGUGCCUCCCUCAAAUGUAUCCAACCCUUGUAUCUUAACCUCCUCCCCUCCAAUGUCAUCCAUAGCCCGACCUCCAGACCCAUGCCUUGUGGCCAUCCUCCUGAUCGUUCGAUCGCGCGCCGGCCCCCGCCUAGUCUUCCAUUACCCGCCGAACCCACUCAACGAAAAUGGUGUGAAGCCCACGCCCGCGUCCGCGUCUGCAACCAAGGGGCGGCGAUCCUCACGCAGCAAGGCCACGCCAGGUGGGAGGAGCACCGAGUCGAGCUCUAGUUCUGACAGUGGGGUCUCUUCGGACGAAGACGACGAGGAAGUCCAUAGUUACCUGGCUAAUAGUGCCGUGUCGGGGCGACGGGGUAGUACAUUCGGUCUGGUUGGAGGAGGAGGAGGAGGAGGAGGAGGAGGAGCAGAUGAUACCAUUGCGGCGUCGGCAUCGUCGGUGGGUGGAGAUUCACAGCGCCCUGGCUCGUUAGGUUCCGGUCGGGCGUCGGCCAAGAGACGAGACAGGGGCGGAGUCUCGGAGGAUGCUGAAGAUGAACAAAUCGGAAGUGGUGGUGGUGGUGGUAACUCUGAUCGACCGGAGAGCGCAUCACAGGGGAUAAAUGCUGGGCCCUCAUGGGGAACGUUUCUUGGACUACCUGCUGUGAUUUGGGAGAAGCUGUUGAGUCCCACCCGGGCGUGGCAUAAACGGCGGUUUGAGGUCGGUGUCAACGAUCUGGCGUUCAUCGGAUGGCCCGUUUUUGUUCGUGACGAUGGCACAUGGAGGAAGCAGAGAAGGAAGAAGAAGAAGCCCCGUGCAGACUGGGAAGGGGGGGAGCUCGGUCAUAACGAGAAUGCUGCAGAUACGCAGGGCGAAGAGGGGGGAGGAGAUUUGGGUCUAGAGUCAACGACAGACAAGCAAGUUACUCCAUCAUCGGGGAGUAGUACGACGCAGACCGGAAAUACCAAUGAUGGCCGAGAGGAUUCUCCUGAUACAGACAAGGACUCUAUGACGAUGUUCAAUGUUGUCUUUGUCUUAGAUCCGCCUCUACUGGAGUACUCGUUGCGGAUCAGGGAGAUCUACGAUAAUAUCAUCAAGAAGUUCUCAAAAGCCUUGAAGUGGGAGCAAGCGCGGACAAACUACAUCUGGAGAGAGUCUCAGCGGAUUUCCAUGAUCAAAGAGAAGGCAAAGGAGCUGCAGGUCCCCGCCAACAAUCUUUAUUCCGAACUGCUUUCCCAGUCUUCUCUUGCUCGGGCAAUAUCGAUUGUGUUUAACAGUAUUUCGGCAUCGAAGAUCGCUUCCGUCCCCCUGAACCAGCAAGUAUCGAUCUCACUACAGAUUCCGCCGCUCACUUCGACUGCGUAUCUGCCAGGACCGACAGAUAUCUCGUAUCCGGGGCUCUGGCUCACUACGGCUGACAGUGUGACUCCCUCGGACGAUAUGGCUGGAGGGGAGAAUGAAGCAGCCCCUCACCAAGUUCUCGCGAAACAUUUUGCCCUGCUCCUCCUCGAUAACGAGGCGACGAUCCUCAAGGAUAUCGAAGCAUCAGGCGGUGCACUCGCGCCGACACUGGCUCACUAUAUCCGCCAUUCCAAACCGACGAAAUCCUUUGCACAGAUCUCUGUCUCCUCGGGGAUCUCGCUGUCGACUAUCCAAAUGCUGGCGAGUCACCUCGUCUACUGGAGACGAGCUCGAGCCAUCCCCCCGAUCCACCAACGGGACACCUACAUCGUGUCACCCAACUGUGACCUUAGCAAGCUGGACGUGGCUACUGUAGCGUACGCGCAGGCCUUCCCCACCCUACCCAGCCUACCGAAAAUGCUAGCCGCGCUUAGCGGGACACCACGGCCAUAUGGCAACUUCAUUCCCAGCAAAGACCACAAGGAGACCUAUUUUGCAAUUGUUGCGUGGUUACUUCGAGGCGGAUGGAUCACGCAACUGCGGGCGUUUGCCAGGGUCAAGGUCCCGCCGGAGAUCAAGAUGGCGGUUGAGCGGGCGGUGCGGAAAGAGGAAAUCGACCGGUAUCUUCUGCAGAGCAAGAACCCGUCGAGUAUGUCAGGAGAGGAUGGAACCAGUGACGAGGAGAAUGAAAAUGGCGACAUUUCCACUCCUGACGAUGAUUACGACGAGACGGCCUCUUCUCCAUCAUCAUCUUCUUCUUCUUCUCUCGCAAGCCACGGUAGCGGGGACAUGACGCCGAUACCCCUACCGCCCAUUACGGAGGAGAGCCUGUACCUCUCGCAUUCCAUUCUAGACCAAACCAUCCGGUUGAACAUCUCGUCGUUGAUCCCGUAUCCGCACCGCGCUUCCGCCGUGGAGUCGCGCUGGCUCGACGAGAUCAUGAUGCGCUUCCCCGAGGCUCCCGCCGAGCCGAAUCAGCAUCAUCGUCGGGGUUCGGAUGUGAGCCCCGGUAGUAAGGUGCUAAUUACGGACGGGUCGAAGACGGACGCGCUGAAUAGAGCCGAUCUCUACGUGCGCAAGUACUGGCCGAUCUUCCUCAAGUACUUCAACGGAUCGGACGCGUUCGAGAAGAUCCCCGUGCGGGAGAAUCUGAAACGGAAGCUCGUCUGGCACCUCCUGAUGCGUCUUGGGUUGGUGACGGGGCAACAAUCGUCUCUUGAUCUGGAUCCUCGCGAACAGGUUCUAGUGAGUUUCCGGCAUUGGUAGUCGUAUUGAGAAUACUAUAUUAUACUACAUACCUACUGGGUAACUAAGGUAGUUCCACUGAAUGCAGACGACUCAAAUGUCUAUAGUUAUAGU